AUGAGAACGCGGGAUGUGUGUAACGGGCUCUAGGUUUGUGAGGGUUAUCACAUCGACGAUUGUAUUUCAAGCAAUCAACUGUCGCUCAGUUUUCCGUAGUUUUCCAGUUUUGGAGGCUUGAGCUUUUUUAUUUUGUCAACAUGCCGAAGUCAAGAAGAGAUAGAACGGUUGCCCUGACCAAGACCACUAGCCGCAAGGGGGCGGAUACGAAGGCAAAGCUGAUCGACGAUGUGCGGCAGUGUGUGGACGAAUAUGCUCGCCUCUUCGUCUUCUCUGUUCAGAAUAUGAGGAACGAGCGGUGGAAGGACCUCCGCGCCGAGUGGAAGCAUAGCCGAUUCUUUUUUGGAAAGAACAAAGUGAUGGCACAUGCGCUCGGCAAGACGGAGGAGACCGAGCACAGGAAAAACCUGCACAAGGUGUCAGAACAUCUGGUUGGCCAGUGUGGCCUUCUUUUUACCAACAAGACCAAGGAAGAGGUCUUCGAGUGGUUCGGAGAGUUCAGCUGCCCCGAGUACGCCCGCUCCGGCAACCGAGCCACGGCCACUGUCGAGCUGUCCGAGGGCCCGCUGGACCAAUUCCCGCACAGUCUGGAGCCGCACCUGCGCCAGCUCGGCCUGCCAACCACGCUCAAGAAGGGUGUGGUGACGCUGGUCAAGGACCACGUGGUCUGCACGGAGGGAGACGCAUUGAAGCCGGAGCAGUGCCGGAUACUGAAGCUGCUGGGCCAACAGCAGGCCGAGUUUCGCGUGACGCUGCACUGCGUGUGGACGAGCGGCGGCCAGCUGGAGAUCCUGCUGCGGCCGCUGGCCGCCGACGAGCCCGCCGACGAGCCCCACAUGGACGACGAGUCGGACAUCUCAGAUCUCGAGCCCGAUGCCCAGUGACUGCGCACGGGGCGCGGUCAUGCGCGCGACAAUACGGACGCUGGACGGAGCAAGCGUUUUUGUUGUGCGUCUUCUAGCGUCGAUUGGGAAGCGAAACAUGAUGUGGUACUUCCGAAUACAGUGGCCGCCUUGGAUCCCCAGAGGUGCAUGUC